CAGAAAUUGUUUUAGGUCUCUCUAUCUCUCUCUAUCUCUCUCCCCGCGUUGCUCUCGAGAAAAACCCAGCUGGCAUGUCAUUGGAUGCCAAAUGAUGAAGCUUGUUGCAUACUAUCUUGAGGUAAAUUACGAAUUACUGAUCGAAAGUUAGAAUCUUUACUCUAACUCCAGGCUAGCUGGUUGCGUGGCUUCCGAUCGAUUUUUGCCCGAGUUUUGAGUUCCUUUGCGGGCACUUCGUUGUUCUUCUGCUGGGUUUUUUGUUCGGAGAUCUGAUGCUCUGCUGGUUUGUUGUUUCUUCGAUGAUCGAGUGAUCUUGCUGAAACUUUCGGGAGAUUUAAAGCGCGUUACAGCUAAUGGUUUGGAUUUGAGUUUAAAUGGAACGUCUCGGAUUUUGGGGAUUGCUGAUGGGUAGUGUGGAAAAGUCAUCGGAUUCUGGAAAUUCGGUGGCUUGCUCUGCAUCUACGAAGAAUGGAGACGAAGAGAAUACUUCAUCGAAGCAAGCUUCACCAUUGAAGCGUCCUGGGUCGAGAAACACUAGCCCUUUAGGUCGGGUAGGGUCGAGAAACACGAGCCCCUCUAGGCAGAAAGUGGUCAAGACGAAACCUCGUGGUUUAGAGGAAGAAACAGUAGCUUCAUUUGGUAAACCAGUUGUUGUUGAUGUGCAGAUGGAGGAUAGUAUAUGGGCAAUGCUUCCAGAGGAUUUGCUGAACGAGAUUUUAGCUAGGGUUCCACCAUUUAUGAUAUUCCGAAUCCGGUCCGUUUGUAAAAAAUGGAACUUGAUUCUUCAAGAUAAUAGCUUUCUUAAGUUUCACUCAAAUGUGUCAUCUCACGGACCUUGUCUUCUCACUUUUUGGAAGAACUCGCCGCAGAUUCCGCAAUGCUCGGUUUUUAGCUUGCCUUUGAAGACGUGGUACAAAGUUCCGUUCACAUUUUUGCCUCCAUGGGCUUUUUGGUUGGUUGGAUCUUCAGGUGGUCUUGUUUGCUUUUCGGGACUCGAUGGUCUAACUUUCAAAACUUUGGUAUGCAAUCCUCUGAUGCAGAGCUGGAGGACUCUACCGAGCAUGCACUAUAACCAACAAAGGCAAUUGAUUAUGGUUGUUGAUCGCUCAGAAAGGUCGUUCAAAGUCAUAGCCACAAGUGAUAUUUACGGGGAUAAGUCACUUCCUACCGAAGUUUAUGAUUCCAAAACUGACAAAUGGUCGUUACAUCAGAUAAUGCCUGCGGUGAACUUAUGCUCUUCGAAAAUGGCUUAUUGUGAUUCCCGAUUAUACUUAGAAACUCUCUCGCCUCUUGGUUUGAUGAUGUAUCGGCUUGAUACAGGGCAAUGGGAGCAUAUUCCAGCUAAGUUCCCUAGAUCUUUAUUGGACGGUUACCUGGUUGCUGGAACUCAGAAGAGGUUGUUUCUCGUGGGAAGGAUUGGCCUCUACAGUACCCUCCAAAGCAUGAGGAUAUGGGAGCUUGAUCACACGAAGGUUUCUUGGGUGGAGAUAAGUAGAAUGCCACCAAAGUACUUCCGAGCACUUUUGAGACUUUCGGCUGAGAGAUUUGAGUGUUUUGGACAAGAUAAUUUGAUCUGCUUUACGUCGUGGAAUCAAGGAAAAAGUCUUCUGUAUAAUGUGAAUAAGAAGAUUUGGUCUUGGAUUUCCGGGUGUGCUCUUCAGUCAUGCAACAGCCAAGUGUGUUUUUACGAGCCAAGAUUUGAUGCAUCUGUCCAGUGAACAAUAAUGAUCCUCUGUUUCAUUUGGCUGCUUCACAAAACAUGUCAGAGAUAUCAAGUCGAAGAGCGUUUUGCGUGUACCUCCCACUGUUGAUGAAGACUUCGUCGACAAUGAUAUGCAACACCACCAAGAAUAGCACUUUCAGGGAGAAAAACUAGAGAGUCUUGAUCAGGAGGUUUGCAUAGUCUUCUCCACUGUAGAUUUGGCUGCUUGAGUAUCUCUCAGGCAUAAGAUCUGCAGGGUUUUGAAAGAAAGGCCUGAGCUUUAACUCUAUCGUCAUCUCAAACUGUG